CAGGAACUGAAAACUCAGCUGUGUGUAGAUCGGUCUCGUCGAGGUGAUCUGAAGAUUAUUCUCUGGUAUACUGAACACCUCUUCAGCGCAUCUCAUUAAAAUAGCCAUUUUCACACCAACCAGCGGUCAACCUUCAGGGUUGUUAUUCAAAGGUCUGAACAUGGUCAUCUGCUCAGUUUUUCUCUGUCUGGCAUUUUUGACUGCGGGUGGUGUGUUUAGUGUUGAUGCGGAUGACAUGCAGUCAGUGUCAGUGAUGGAGGGAGAAAAUGUGACUCUACACACUGAUGUUUUUAAACAGAGAGAUGACAAGAUAAUGUGGUAUUUUGGGCCUGAAAACACAUUUGUUGCAAGAAUGAACGGAAAGGCCAGCAGCACCAUGUAUUCAGAUGAUGAGAUGUUCAGAGACAGACUGAAGAUGAACAAUCAGACUGGAGAUCUCACCAUCACACACAUCACAUCUCAUCACUCUGGACUUUACACACUGAAGAUCAGCAGCAACAAUAAAGUCUCAUACAAGACAUUCAAUCUUACUGUCAGUGGUGAGUCUCUCCUGUACAAAGGAAAUGACAUCAGCAAUACAAUCAGCAAACAGACUGAAGAUCUCGACACUGACGUCUGUCACACGUGUUCAGAUUCUCCUCCCGUGUGGGUCAUAGUUGCAGUUGUCAUUGCUCUUGUGAUCUGUGUGAUCUUCUUGAGCAUCAUCAUCGUUGGCUACAAACGCAGAAGAAUGUCUUAUAAAGCAAGCGUUUCAGAGACAGUAUAUGCUCCAGUGAGUGAUAAAGGGAGCAGCAUGUCCAGCAGCUCAUCUGAACAGUCAAACUCUUCAAUGUUACCAAAUGAACAGGAAAAAAAGCUCAUGCUGUACUGACUAAGACACUGUGAAAUGUCCACCUGCUGGACCACAUACAGUAUAUUAUAUCCCUCCCUUUACCUGUAUUCUUUUCCUGUCCGAUGGAUCACCACCUUAUCGCGGUGGAUGGGUUUGAGUGCUUCAGUAAUCCUUUGUGCUUUGUUGUCUAAAGCAUUAGCUCCUGGUGAUGACACCCUUGACAAAUUGGUCCCAGGUGAGAGGCCAGACGAAGAGUGGUCCAAAACAUUCCUUAAAGUGAUAGUUCACCUCAAAAUGAGAAUUCUGUCAUCAUUUACUCACAUCCUCUCAUCAUUUCAAACCUGUGCGAGUUUCUUUUUUCUUCAGAGCACAAAAGAAGAUAUUUUGAAGAAUGUUGAUACACACAAAAAACCUUGGUCAUCAUUGACUUCUAUUGUACAGACACAAAACCAAUGCAAGUCAAUGGAAACCAAUGGUUUUCGUUCAUCAACAUUCUUCAAAAUAUCAUCUUUUGUGUUCUCCAGAAAAAAGAAACUCACACAGGUUUGAAAUGAAGAGAGGAUGUGAGUAAAUGAUGACGGAAUUCUCAUUUUGAGGUGAGCACUUCAAUGUGUGGAAGGGAGCUCAUCUCUGGCCCACACGAUCCACUCUCCUGCACACUUUAGUCAGGGUUUUCCUGCAUUGAGAAUUUGGAGAUGAUCACCUCAAUCAAAUUUUCAAGUUUCAAGGUGAAUGUAUUUCUGAAGCACAUUUAAAAACAACAGAAGUUGACCAAAGUUGUGUAAACUAAAAUGAUAAAACCGACAACAUUAUAUUAAGAGAUACUGAACAUAGAAGAAGAUAUUUAUGUUGCUUUUAUAAAACUGCCUUAGAAGAAUACAUUACUGGUGUGAGCGUCAUGGACAUGAGAUAAAAACGCUCAGAGAAUUUAUCUGUUAAGAAUAUAUUGAACCAUUUGUUUAUAUUUUACUAAACCCUUGUUGAUAGAGUUUACACAUCAGAAAAAUAUCAGUCUAUGAACGAGUUUUCUAUUUUAAAAAAAAGGAAAUAAACAUGCGUUAUGGACGUGACAAAAAAGGGCACAGUUUUUGGGAGACGAAACCUGCACAAAUGCACAAACCUGAAGCAAUAACACCCAAUGAAUGAAGAAGAGAUGUUGCUUUAUAAAAGAUAAAGUACUAACUUUACUUAAAUGUUGUUUUGUCCAUUUUUGAGGAAUAUGGACUGUUAUGGACGGGAUGAUCCUAAAAAACGUGCACUUAUCUGACUAUGAAAAACGUGCACUAAAAAUAAAACAAAUGCUUUAAAAAGAAGCACAGUGGUUUUAAAGAGAAACAAAUAAUGCAAAAUAUUGCUGGAUUGUUGACAAGUUAAUGUUCACUUAAGUACCUACAAAGGGAGUUUGGACUGGCGUAAGGAAAUGCAUUCGAAAAAUGAGGAAAUAAUAGUGAGAGAGAUGAAAUUGGCUAGUUGCACAAGAUGGCGCCGGUGAGCUUUUUUCGACGCCAGAGUCGGCAGAGUAAUUUCCGGUCGUAUAGCACUGUAUGGGGAAAGGAGGGUUUUCGCCGGCAAAUUUGGGUGUUUUUAGAUUUAAGAAAAAGAAGAAAGUAAUAUAUCAGCGAUGCGACAGAUCCUCUUUACAUUGCGGAGCACUUUUAACUCGAUAGUGUUAUACGACCGGAAAUUAGUCUGCGGACUCUGGUGUCGCAAACGCUCACCGGCGUCAUCUUUUGCAGCUAAAGAAGUGAUCAUCACUGGGGGGUUUUUUCGUGGACUUAUAUCAUAAAGCAACAAUACAGCAUUCCACGGACAGGUUUUCUGCUUCUACCUCAUUUGGGGUGAUAAGUAUGUCUCCCCUUUAUCAUUUUCCUUUGUCUUAUAAAUUCUCAGUUCCUAAUGAAAGACAGACUGUGUAUAAUUUGUUUAAUAACCAAAUGUAUUUUUACAAUAACAACCUGAAAUUAUGA